UCUAUCGAGCAGGGAUCCCAGGCUCCCAGCAAAUGAACGCAAGAGAAAUCGCUCUAGGCGACACCAGAAUCGCCACCAGCCCACACCAAGAACUACCAGAUAGGCAAACGGAACGGAAGAAUCACAGAGAGCUCACAAACACAUCUUGCGUCAGAGAUGAGCAGCAGCACAACACUGCUGUUCUCCCCGAGCUCCUCCUCCCUGUUCCUCACCAAACCGUCUCCCGUCGCCAAGGGGAGGGCGGCGGCGGCGGCGGCUGUGAGGUGCAGCAGUGAGCCCUCCGUGUCAGUGGGACAUGAAGAGGAGAGGGAGGGUGUAACAAUGGUGGGGAGGAGGCGAGCAUUGGCUUCUGCAGCUGCUGCUGUCUGUAGCGCUCCAGUGCUUGGGUUUGCAGGCCUUGGUCUGGCAGCCACUCAGGGCCUGCUGGCAGGGAGGAUCCCUGGCUUGUCUGAACCUGAUGAAAAUGGUUGGAGAACAUACCGGAGGCCAGACGACAAGUCCGGUGGCCACGGAGUUGGCUGGAGCCCCAUCAUCCCCUACAGCUUCAAAGUUCCAGACGGCUGGGAUGAGGUCCCGGUGUCAAUUGCUGAUCUUGGCGGCACGGAGAUCGACCUGCGCUUCGCAAACCCAAAGGAGGGCCGGUGUUUCGUCAUCGUUGCCCCGGUUCGCCGGUUCGCAGAUGAUCUGGAUGAUGCGACCAUCGAGAAGAUCGGCAACCCAGAGAAGGUGAUUAGCGCCUUCGGUCCAGAGGUCAUCGGAGAGAAUGUGGAAGGGAAGGUCCUGUCCUCGGCAACUGCAGAGUAUUCAGGAAGAACAUACUACCAGUUUGAGCUGGAGCCACCCCAUGUGUUCAUUACCGCCACAGCAGCUGGGAACAGGCUCUACCUGUUCAGUGUAACUGCAAACGGUCUGCAAUGGAAGAGGCAUUACAAGGAUCUGAAACAAAUAGCAGAAUCAUUUCGAGUCGUGUAGGGUUUCAAUUGCUACUACUUUUUUACAGCGCCUGGCUCUUGUUAAUAUGAUUAGAGGACAUGAGGGAUUGUAUUAUGGAGAGAGGAUAAGUGAACAUCACUUUUGAUGAUCACUCUAAAAUUAGAAAGCUGCAGAAGCUCCACUGUAUGUGUAAACUUGCUCAUUAAAGGCUAAAUGCUUGUUGCUAUAAAUUUUUUCCUGAUAUUA